UAUUCCGCGUUGAGUUACGUAUGGGGUCAAGAUAACGGAGCUUUCGAGGCGCGCCGCAACAACAUACGAGAAAUCAGCAAACCAUACGGUCUGUUCCGACAUCUCGACGAUCUGCCACGAGUCAUUCGUGAUGCCUUGAUAUUCACGAAAGCAAUUGGCGAGAGGUAUAUCUGGAUAGACAGAAUCUGCAUCGUCCAAGAUUACGAUGCGGAGAAGAGCAGGAUCAUUCCGAAGAUGAAUGUGGUCUACUCAAGCGCAUUUCUCACAAUAUUCAGCAGUGCAUGGGGCGGCACCUCGGCAGGGCUUUCAGGACUCCGGCCAUUUUCCCCGCAUCGAGCCCAGAAGUCAAUACAACUUGCUGGGGAUCUCGAAAUGAUUCUCCCGCAUAAUCUCGAGAACGUUUUAGUCUGCCCUUGGGCGUCACGAGGUUGGACUUUCCAAGAGUUCUUCUCUGCAAGGCGUAAGGUCGUAUUUGUCAACGGCCAAGCUGUGUACAUAUGCCGCAAUGGGAGCAGGCGAGAAGAUCUCACCCGCAGCCAUACCACGAUAUUCCAAAAGUUCUUCAGGCUUGGUCCUGCUGAAUGGCAGCCUCCACUCUGGACCUUAGCCCCGACGAAUAUCCAGUUCUCUUAUAUGCGAUAUGUUGAGGUUUUUGUUCGGCGCAAUCUGAAAUUUGACUCUGAUAUACUCGAUGCCUUUGCUGGAGUUAUAAAUUGUUUCCGCGUCGAUUUCGGCUUGACUUGCACAUAUGGCAUUUUGGACUCACUUUUCGGAUUGGAUAUCCACUGGCAUCCCGAAGAGUGGGUCGAAAGACGUGAAGGAUUCCCGAGCUGGUCUGGGCUGGCUGGAAGGGCCCGAUCCGCAUGUCUAGGUAUGGUUUGGACCAGGCAUAUGGACGCAAGGCCAUACGUGAACGCUAUUCCAGUCGAGUAUCGUGGUUAG